AUGUCGAUGUCUUUUUCAGAUGCUGUGCCAAUUGGUGGAUAUGAUUGGACAUUCACAAAAACGGUUCCCUGUGUUUUUAACACCAGUUUAUUUAAUUUCACAAAAAGAGAACGAUAUCAGACCUUAAUUUCUUGUUCCAAUUAUACGAUAUCUGUUAAAAAGAGUUUGGUGAAUGAAAAAUCAGUCGACCAGAUUUUCGCUUUUCCAAAUGUUUGCCUCGGAAAGGUCAUUUCUUCCUUCUGUGGGGACGGAAAACCUGUACCCAACGUGAUUCACUACAUCUGGUUUGGAAACAUGACCUUUGAAUUUAUUUACUUUGUUAGUAUCUACAGUGCACACAAACAUCAGAAACCAUGUUUGAUUUUUCUGUAUUAUGAGCUUCUACCCUCGGGUACGUGGUGGAAUCUUUUACGAAAGAUAGUGGAUAAUAUAGUGCUGGUGAAAAUGAGGCCACCAAUGAUGAUUUCUGGUAAAAUGAUUAAGUUUGUUCAACACAAAUCAGACAUCGUAAGACUAAAGAUAUUAAAAGAAUACGGGGGCAUAUAUGUAGACACGGACCAGUAUUUUUUGAGAUCUGAAGAUGAAUUCAGGACCACAAACUGUACAAUGGGGAUGGCACAUGAUAAGGCUAUGGGCAGUGCUUUGAUAUUUGCAAAAAAGGAUGCCUCAUUUAUCAACAAAUGGAUUGAUAGUUACAGUUUCUACGACCCGACCCAAUGGGGACUCAACUCGGUACUCAUGGCAACAAAGCUAUCCCAUAUGUAUCCUACUCUGCUUCGUGUGAUUUCUCAUCACUGUGUGUUCUUUCCACAUGGAUUGGUUUUGUUUAAUCAGAACUAUAAAUGGUCACAUAGCUAUGGACUUCAUAUAUUCAAAACAGGCCGCAUUCAAGAGCUUAGACAUUAUAACUUUUACACUAUACGAAAAAUAAACAACACAAUUGGAGCCAUGUUUAGAUAUAUCUUAUUUGACAAUAAGGAAUUGUGUUUCAAUUAGUAGAAAUUGUCAAUUAGGAAUUUUUAAUGAUGAAUAUACCUCGUGUGGUUUUUAUGUGAGUUGGAUUUUGUAGACUGAUUCCCUGCAAAACAGUGAGUUCGACGAACUGAUACACACUUGUUCUUGACACUUAUUUUUGUUAGCUAAAGGAAAAUUCCCGAAAUAUUCCGAAUAAAAUCAUAAAUAUCAUGAAUAUUCAUAAUCAAAUAAUUCAUUAUCAAAUAAUUUAGUUCUAGUUGCAACGCUUUUGAUUGGCUUUUUUUCAAAUUGAUCUACCUAUUGUAUAGCAUAACUUGCCUAUGUCACAAAAAGACGCGCGUGCAUAUUAGUUUAGUUUAUGUUGUUAAAACUUGUUUGGUACAUGUAAAAUAAGAUUACAUUAAUUUAAACCUUUUUUCAUUGAUUGUCUGUAUCAGGAUGAUAAAACAAGUUAAAGUAGUUCAUUGAGGGAGUCAGCAAUAUUCUGUUGCUUUAUUUCCCGAGGCGAAAGAUUCCAGUUCUUCUCGAGCAAGCCUAUUUAGAAUCUUGCUGUCUCCCUCAAAUGUUAUACUUUGAUAUAUUCAUUUAUAUUGUAUAUUUAUUAGUCCCAUAUUUCUCAAUAUGUCGUGUCCU